GUCUAAGGUAGUCUGAGUGGAGAAAGUAAUGAAGAUGGAAGGAGCUGAUGUUGUUGAAUUAUUGAGGACAUUUAUUGAGUAGUGAAUUGAUAGCCGUUUACUCUUCUUGUGGGAACCAUAGAGGACAACGAUACCAGGAAACUGACAGAUAGCAUGCCAGUAGAGGUGACUCCACUGCAGAUGAGGGAACAUGUUGGCUAUGGACCAAGGAGUGGUGGAGGAAUGGCUGUCAGAAUUUAAGACCCUCCCUGACAGUGCUGUGUCCACCUAUGCUGCCUCACUAAAAGACAAAGGUGCCCUGGUCCCCGCACUUUACAAAGUCAUCAGAGAAAACUACAGUGAUUUACUGGAACCAGUGUGUCACCAGUUGUUUGAGUUUUACCGGAGUGGUGAGCCACAGCUGCAGCGUUUCACGCUACAGUUCCUGCCCGAGCUCCUGUGGAGCCUCCUGUCCGUCAGCGCAGCCAGAGACCCCCACACCUCCGGCUGCAUCGAGGCCCUGCUGCUGGGCAUUUACAACCUGGAAAUAGUUGACAAAGAUGGACAAAGUAAAGUGUUAUCUUUUACCGUCCCUUCCCUUUCCAAACCUUCAGUGUACCAUGAGCCUUCAGCCAUCGGCUCCAUGGCCCUCACAGAGGGGGCUCUAGCCAAUCAUGGGCUGAGCAGGGUGGUGUACAGUGGGCCGCACCUGCAGAGAGAGACCUUCACGGCACAGAACAGGUUUGAGGUGCUGACCUUCCUGCUGCUGUGCUACAAUGCUGCUCUCAGCUACAUGACCUCCACCUCCCUCCAGUCCCUCUGCCAGCUCAGCUCCAGGGUGUGUAUAUGCGGUUACCCACGGCAACAGAUGCGGCGCUAUAAAGGCAUUAGCACACGACUGACUGUCACGUCAGAGUUCCUGGUUCAGCUCAUCACGGGCAUACACUACGCCUUGUGUAAUGGGGAAGUUGAGCUGGGAUCCAAAGCACUGGAUGAUGUUCUGUAUCGAGCCCAGCUAGAGUUGUUCCCCGAGGCUCUACUGGUGGGCAAUGCCAUCAAGUCGUCACUGCAUGGCGCAGCACUGAAGAGCAACAACAAGGAGGGUGCACGAAGUAUCCAGGUGGAGAUCACACCCACCUCCUCCAGGAUCUCCCGCAAUGCUGUCACCUCCCUUUCUAUCAGGGGACACCGCUGGAAGAGACACGACGCAGUGGAUCUGGGUUCCCCGGAUGAGCUGAUGGAUAUUUCUGAGGUGGAUGAAGGGGUGUGGCCAGGUGGGGUGGGGCCUGACCUGACCCCACCCACCAUCACUAUCAGCAACAGCGUCACCACAUUGAACCUGGGGGCCAAAGCCAUAAAGAAGUGUCGGCUCGGCGGGCGCGCCAGCAAGGACAAGGAUAAGGACAAGGAGGCGGGCCCACUAACAACAGGCCGGGCUGCCAGUGAGAACACAGAGCUGUCUGUCAAGCGACUGACUCUCACUUCCAGCCAAUCAGUGCCCAAGGCAGGAGCUCUCACCAGCCUGACGCGCACCGCCAGCGCCGUCUUUUCCCGCUCCUUCGAGCAGGUGGCCAGCGGCAACGCCCCUCCCUCCAGCAACCACAACGCCUCCGAAGCUGGUCGCUACUCAUGCAGCCUGCAGGAGGAAGGGCUGGGGUACUUGAGUCCCACGCCAAACCACACGCAGCGCUCUCCCAGCAUCAGCGUGCACCUUGGCUCUGACCUUUGAACCCUCUGUGACUCCUGACUACCUGAACCCUCGCCUCUGAUCCUGUGACCCUGUACCUGUGACCUGGAACUCCAAGCCAUGCCAACUGAAAAAGAACCACAAAGACAUGAGCAAACACUCCCGCUGUUUCCCCCAUCACUCCGUUUCAUACGUCUGUGUGGUGUAAACCAGCCUGCUGUCCUGCUCCAUUCAGACAUCCAGAGCACCAUUAGCUCCCUCUGCUUCUCUCCUCCAGCAGAGUCAACUCCUCUGGGCCUGAUGAAGGCGGGAUGUCAGGGAUACCACUUCCAGCUUCACUGAUUUGAUUUUUUUUUUUUUUUUUUUUUUUUUUUGUAGUGCAUUGUUGCCGUGAAUUCGUGCCAGGACAGAACUGCACUCCCUUGCAGAGCAGCCUGUUGUAAAAUGGGUGCACUUAAAACUCAUUACUAAAAACUGUGUGGAAAAGUAUUUUAAUCGGCAUUUGUUGCCCUGCAUGGCUUUUCCAUACAUCCAUCCUGACCUUGCCCAGGUUUGUCAGAGGGCAGAUGUUGAGUAUGUGUGUGGGCAUGCUUGAGUGUGUGUACUGUAUGUGUGUGUAUGUAUAAUUGUUUUUAGAAUAAAGGCUGCUGAUUGAUACAGUGAACAAGGUAUGAUUCUCCUAGCUGAAACAAGUGUUUCUACUACUUUUUUUAAAAAAAAAUAAUAGAUCCCUUCCCAUAGCAAUACAAAUUUCUCAUUUUCAGUGUUUUCUAUCUUUUGGGAAGAUCACCCAGACACACUUCUCUUUCUUUUACAGCUGUGCUUCUUAACAGAAAGUACUUCCCUUAAAACAGGAAAAAUGACCACUAAAUAAUCCAACAAGAAUCGGUUCUUCAUGUUUACAAUCGCACAGUAUUGUCAUUAUGAUGGAGAAGCAAUAUUUGUGUCCUUCCCCCUCGCUCCUCGAACACCUUCCUGCAUUGUACUUGAUGGCAAAAAUGAAAAUCCAACUUCUGAUAAAUGACGAGGGCGUUACUGAUUUUUUUGGGGGGAUGAUCGGCGUGUAUGAUUUGUUAAGUAUUGAAUUUUGCACUUCAAAGAGCAAAUGAGCUGUGUUUUCAACUUUGAUAUUUUCUUAUAAUGAACAAGAGAGGUGUGACUCUCAACUGUGGUGUUUUCCUCUGAGAUAGAGAGAGAUGCUUUGUUGUUCUGUUCCGAUUCCCAUGACUCUUGCAUCUAGCUACUGUUCCAAAAAUUUUAAAACCCACACGGAUUUACACUCAGCCUACUUGCAGAGAUGUAAAAUAAUUUGAUACCUUCUAGUAAAGAUGUCAGCCUGACCAAAACUGUAAAUGAACCUAUUCCUGUGCUUUCUGCCGUGGGACACCUUUCAGAGCAAGAAGGCAUCUUCUCUCUCUUCAGAUCCACCCACCAUUCCAGCUAUUCGUAGUACUUUGGUGAUGUGUUUCCUGUAUCCCUCCUUGUUGUUCACCACAUCAUCACGUCAAAAAGACAUGGUGAUAUUCUCUUGUACCAAAAAAAAAGGAAUAAAACUCCACCUAUCUGCUUCCUUUGGUGUCUGAAAUCAAGCGUUCAUGCUGCCCCCACCCUCAAGCAAAGGUGUAUUCUGUUGUUUGUGUACUAGAGCUGUUGAGUGUCCAUAGCUUGGUGGGAUAAUAACAAUCAUCGUGUUUCUGUAUGUGGGUUUACAGAAUGUGAAUGGGUAAGCUCUUGUUGUACAUCAUACUGUUGUACUAAAGUUGGUUUAUAUUGGCCUUUUAUUUGUCUGAAGAUAACUCACUGCUACAACUUCUGGGAAUAAAGUGUUUCUAUAUUUCA